AUGGCAAGCCUCUGCGUUUUGCCCGAUCACCUCCUGUUGGAUAUCUUGUCUCUUGUCCCUAUGGGCGACCUGAUUCGAAACUGCCGUCCAGUCUGCUCCCGCUGGCGGGACCUGGUGGACUUGCCGGUUCUCUGGCAGCGGCUCUUCCGGCGGAAGGACAGCAACAAACGUGUGCCAGUUGUGCCACGUGAUAUAAAGGCCUACUACAUUUUGGGCCGCUUGGAGAAGAAUUUGAUCAAGAACCCCUUUGGAGAAGGCAAGUCCCUGCUUAUUCAGGAGAAAUACCAACAAGCCUGCCUUGAGCAGAGAGGGAACUGA